AGAACUACUUAUCAACUUUGACAUACUUCAAAUCGAACAGUUCAUCGAACAUCACAGCUAAUCCUCUUCUCCCAACAAACAAACAAAUCUUAAGCAAAAACAUGCGUGGUUUAAUGGUAUUGUGCUUUGUUGCUCUUUGCUCGGCUGCCCCACAAGGCUACAAUUAUCCCAGCCAGCCUAGUGGACAUUAUUUACCGCCAACAGCACCUGAAGCAUCGUCCUAUGGCCAGCAGCACCAACAGCCUCUUGUUACAAAACGCUUCUUUAUUCACUCUGCGACCGAGGAAGAAGAGGUGGAGGUCCAACAUCGGGAUAUUGUCGUUGGCACUCCCCGCAAAAACUUCAAUGUCGUUUUCAUCAAAUCGCCAGCUGAUAAGAAACAAAAAACCAAAAUUCGUGUCAUCCCUGCCGUUAACGAGGAUAAAACUGUCAUCUAUGUCUUGGCCAAGAAAGCCGAUGAACCCCAAUUGGAAACCUAUGUUGAAGAACCUGCCACCACCACUACCAAACCAGAGGUAUUCUUUAUUAAAUACCGGACCAAUGAAGAAGCUGAACAUGCCCAACACAGCAUCCAAGCUGAAUAUGAUCAUUUGGGUGGCAAUACUAUUAUCUCCAAUGAAGGUGUUUCACCAGUCCAAUCUGUAAUUGGCAGUUUGGAUGGCUUCCAACAACAGCAACAACAAGCUGGAGCCCCGGAUGUCUCCUUUGGCGACAGUACAGGUCCUGAGUAUUCUGGUGUUGCGGAAUCUGCUGACAAUACCAAUGCUGCCUAUUUGCCACCCGUGAAGAAACAUUAAAUGUGAAGAGAUGGGAGAUAAGAUUAGAAAGUAGUUUGACCCUCGGUCUUUUGAACUGAUGUGUAACAGACUUUUGUUUGUUAUUUUUUGAUAUAUGUUUUUUUAAAUUGUCUGUUAUUCAUUUAAAGUUAUUGUUAAAAAAU